UGAUUCGACCAAGGAAAGGGAGAGAGAGAGAGAGAGAGAGAGAGAGAGUAAUAACGUCCGGCGGAUUGUGUAUAGCCGGAUGUGAGAGCGAAGAGGCGGAUGAACGAUGGAAUGAGGCGGUGUUCCACUCUCGGUUGGGCCGCGAAGUUAGUGGUAAACGGCCAGCUGACGGACGUCGGUGAAGUCGGGAUGUCGCGUGGGGCGAUUGAGGGAGCUCUCCCGGAGUUUAGGCAGAACUCUGGAGGUAAGGAACAGGGAGGCAACCGCUUCUUUACGAAGAUUGAUCUUCGUAGCGGUUACCAUCAGAUCCGCGUCGCUGCAGCCGACCAGCUGAAGACCGCGUUCCGAUCUCGAUUCGGCCACUACGAGUUCACGGUGAUGUCAUUCGGCCUCACUAAUGCUCCCGCUACCUUUCAGAGGGGGAUGAACGACAUCUUCAGGGACAUCCUGGAGCAGUACGUUCUCGUCUACCUCGACGAUAUCCUGGUCUACAGUCGUACCCUUGAGGAGCACCUCAGACAUCUCCGCGACGUCCUUGACCGCUUGCGCAGACAUGGCUUCUACGCCAAGCUGAGCAAGUGCCGCUUUGUCCAGCACAAAGUGGAUUUCUUAGGACACUACGUGUCUGACCAGGGUCUCCACAUGGACGACGCGAAGAUCACUGCUAUUGCGGAGUGGCCCGCUCCCACCUCCGCCAGCCAGCUUCGCAGCUUCCUAGGCCUGACCAGCUACUACAGUAACUUCAUUCGGGGAUACGCUAGAUAUUCCUACCGUUGCCACGUGUUGGACGGGGAACGUCAGAGUCGGGACGGAAGGUGGACGACGAAGGAUGCUGGAGUCAGACUUCAGCUGCAGCAGUCGGGAGCGCGAUCGGAUAUUGUGGCGGCGGCUAUGCAUGGCUCUGUUUGUCGUUUGCGCACGGGGAUGCUGAGACAGGCCAAAACUCUUUCUCCCAUCCGUGCGCCCUCUCCUUCUUCUCCUCUUCCUCCUCCGCCCUCUUUACUUCAAGCUCGAGUGUUGGGGAGGCGAUGGAGGUGUUCUUGCAUCUCUUCUUCUUCGUCUCUCAGGGAUGGCGAUGGCGAUGGCGAUGACCAGGGCAAUGGGGCUGGUAGGGAAGAAGGUGCACAUGGAAUUUUCGGCUGUCGCACACGGCUUGGCCGUGGGCGACGGGGGGGAAGUUGGAUGGCUGUCGCACACCAACGAGAGAGCAGUGUGCGACGGAGGCGACGGGAGGAGCCGUUCACGGCAGCGGCGAUGGCGGCCGAGAGCGAUCCAUCGCAAGGAGUGGCUCUGUACAAGCCGCAGUCCUACGACGUUCUCGUUGCUGAUGCAGCAAGAUCGGUUGGGCUCGGACUGGAUGAUGGACUAACACGCAUGGAAGUAGAAUUCCCGCCUCUUCCUAGCAGUGUGUCCGGGUACAAGGGAUCUUCCGACGACUUCAUUGAUGCAAACAUCCAGCUAGCUGUGGCAAUGGCGAAAAAGCUCAACGAAGCCAAGGGUAUUAAUACAAAAUUGGUCCUGUAUUGUAACCGUGCGCAGAGUCAUUUCCCUGUUCAGGUCGGAGUUAUGGAACGGGAGGUUGUCCAUGCCACAGAGAUCGUUCCGGGGAAUUCCGCUGUCGCCGUAACAAGCAACAAGGCAGGAAAUUCUGCAACUGCUGCAGCCCCAAGAUCCGAACCAGCAGGUGCUGGUCCCAGCCAUGCCGGUCCCUAUGUGGAUCGAAAGGCGGUGCAAAUAUCGUCUAAGUAUGACGGCGAAGAAUACGUUGAAUCCUGGAUCAGCUCUAUGAGGGCAUACUUUGAGGUUGUGGGGACUCAACCUGAGACCCACUCCGUGAUCAUGGGAAUGAAUGUCGAGCCUGUUGUACGGGGCUUCCUAGAGGCCCAAGCUACGCGAGCUGGGGUUCCUAAGAUAGAACUGACAAAAUGACUUAAGGCCACCCCGGUUGCCUCCCUCGAGGAACUCCUCAUUUCCCAAUAUAUGGAUCCACACGCUACAACAAGGGCAAGGAGCCAGCUUGAUAAAAUUAAACGCAGCAA